GUUGUGCGCAUGCGCGGGUCGGGUUUGGGGGCUGUGCGGCACGUUGCGGCGAGGCCGCGGGGAAGCGAUGGCGGCGGCGGCGGCGGCCGAGCUGCAGGGCAAGUACCAGAAGCUGGCGCAGGAAUACUCCAAGCUCCGAGCUCAGAACCAGGUCCUAAAGAAGGGCGUCGUGGAUGAGCAAGCCAAUUCUGCCGUCCUAAAGGAACAAGUGAAAAUGAAGGACCAGUCGCUGAGGAAACUGCAGCAGGAGAUGGACAGCCUCAACUUCCGCAACCUCCAGCUCACCCGGAGAGUGGAGCUCCUCCAGCAGGAACUGGCCCUCGGCGAGCCCCGGGGCAGGAAGAAUAAGAAAAGCGGGGAGUCUUCCUCUCAGCUGAGCCAAGAGCAGAAGAGCGUCUUCGACGAAGACCUGCAGAAAAAGAUCGAGGAGAAUGAGCGACUGCACAUCCAGUUUUUCGAAGCCGACGAGCAGCACAGGCAGGUGGAGGCGGAGCUGAGGAGCCGGCUGGAGGGGCUGGAGAAGGAGGCCACCCAACACCAGGCUGUAGUGGACGCCCUGACCCGGAAGUACAUGGACGCCAUCGAGAAGCUCCAGAACGACAAGGCCAAACUGGAGGUGAAAUCGCAGACCCUGGAAAGGGAGGCCAAGGACUGUCGACUGCGCACGGAAGAAUGCCAGCUUCAGCUAAAGAGUCUCCACGAAGAUUUGGCGGAUCGACUGGACGAGUCCUUGGCGAUCAUCAGUGAAAAGGUCCCUUUCAACGACACCCGGUUCAGUCAGUACAAUGCCCUGAACGUCCCGCCGCACAACAGAAGACAUCAGCUGAAGCUGCGCGAUGUAACGGGGCAGGCCCUGGCCCUGGUGCAAGACUUGGUGACGGCGCUUCUCAACUUCCACACCUACACGGAACAGAGGGUCCAGAUUUUCCCCGUCGACUCGGCCAUCGACGCCAUCUCCCCCGUAAACCAGAAGUUCUCUCAGUACCUCCAUGAGAACGCCGCCUACGUUCGUCCCCUCGAGGAAGGGAUGCUACACCUCUUCGAGAGCAUCACUGAGGACACCGUCACAGUGCUCGAGACAACCGUGACGCUGAAAACGUUUGCCGAGCACCUGACGUCCUACCUGGCUUUCCUGAGGAAGAUCCUUCCUUAUCAGCUGAAAAGCCUGGAGGAAGAAGGGGAGUCCCCCCUGUGCACCCCUCCGCUGAGAGCCCACAACGUCGACCUUCAGAGGGACAUGAGGAGGAUGACGGCGGUCUUCGAGAAGCUCCGGACUUACGUCACGCUCCUCGCCCUGCCAAGCACGCAGACGGACGGACUCCUCCGUGCCAACUACAGCGCGGUGUUAGCCCACUUGGCAGCCGCCCUCCACGCCUUCCACGACGUCACGAAAGAGAUCUCCAAGCACUACGGCCAGAAAGCCGCCAUGGAGCGGGAGCUGCCCACGGCCACUCAGAAGCUGCUGACCACCAACGACUGCGUCCUGGCCUCCGUCGCGGCGCUGACCGCCGGGGCGGGAAAGAUGGCCGCCUUCUUCAGCAACAACGUCCAUCACUUCACCGCCUCGCUGAGCUACGGGCCCCAGUCGGCGGCCGGGUUCGUCAGCCCGGCGUCGGCCGCCUGCAUGCUGCAGUACAAGAAGAGAGCCACCGCCUACAUGAAGUCCCUCAAGAAGCCCAGUGGGGACUCGGUGCCUUACGAAGAGGCCCUGGCCAACCGUCGCGUUCUCCUCAGCUCCACCGAGAGCCGUGAAGCCCUUUCCCAGCAGGUCCAGCAGAGUUUGGAGAAGAUUGGGAAGCUGGAGCAGGAGAAGGAGCACUGGAUGCUAGAGGCCCAGCUGGCCAAAGUCAAGGCCGAGCGGCUAAAGAGCGUCUCCCCCACGGGACCGGAGGCCCGGGAUAAAGAAGACGCCCCCGACCGCUCUCUGCCAGAGCCCGGGAAGACUUCCAGUCCGGUCGGGACGUUGGCCGUGACGCCGGACUCGGAGGUGUCGGCGGCCGCGGCCGAGGCGCGAGAAGGCCUGAUCCGGGCCCACUACCUGGGCAGAAUCGUGGACCUCACGUCCCAGCUGCAGCUGGCCGACAGCAAGUCCGUGCACUUCCACGCCGAGUGCCGCGCCCUCGCCAAGAGACUGUUCUUGGCGGAGAAGUCCAAGGAGGCCCUGGCCGAAGAGGUGAAGUCCGCCACCCAGAACGUCAGCCGGCUGCAGGACGAGCUGACCACCACCAAGAGGAGCUACGAGGGCCAGCUGAGUAUGAUGAGCGACCACCUCUGCAGCAUGAACGAGACCCUGUCGAAGCAGAGAGAAGAAAUCGACACGCUGAAGAUAGCCAGCAAGGGAAAUUCCAAGAAGAACAAGAGUCGAUAGUUUACGGACGCCGUCCGAACGUCCGUCCGUCCGAACGGACCCGCGGG